AUGCAAGUGACGUUAUUCAUUCAUGCACCAGGCGUGCACGUAUUAUCGGAGAGGCGAUUCCCGAAGGACAUCCGCAAAGACGAGCUUCAGCAGCGUGUGGAAAUCGUCACGGGCAUUCCACCGGCAACCCAGCGUCUUGAAUUGGUGCAUGGCGACGGACGAGUGGCAAAUUGUGCAUCAUUCCCACCUGAUGUCGCGAUUUUGCAGGCUUGGGGUGCAUCAGAUGGCAUGCAGAUUCAGGUGCAUGACAAACGUGGGCCAUUGCUUGCUGACGAAGAGAGCGUAACGAAGUACGAGCUCUCUGACGAGCAGUAUGCAGCACGACACGACACACUCCGUGCAUACAAGCAAGCGCACGGCCUGGGCCGCUUUGCAUCCAAUACAGGAACAGCAGGAGCAGCGAAAGUGACAGACAAGCAUCAACUUGAUGAUCAACACAAGGACGGCGUGGAAUGCGGUGCACGAUGCAUGGUUGAUACGGGUGAUGGGUUUGAACGGCGCGGUACAGUGCGUUUUAUCGGCCCCACGAAGUUUGCACCUGGCUUCUGGGUCGGUGUGGAAUUCGACGAACCUGUAGGGAAAAAUGAUGGAAGUGUACAAGGCGAACGCUAUUUUGAAACACGUAUGCAUUAUGGCGGUUUCGUACGUCUAGCACAUGUGCAUGUGGGAGAGCAAUACGCAAGUGAGCAGAUAGAUGACGAAUUGGAACUAUAG